ACAUCCCUCGCGUGUCGUCGCGGCGAGACGUGUCCCGAUCCUCCAAUGCACGAAUUCAUGUCCAACUACCCAGAUCCAAUAAACAGCGAGUCCCAAUAGCCGACCCGCGACAGCACCCGCGAUCCCCUCUCUCCUUCCCCAAAUUCGCCGGCGGCGAGCGGAUCUAAUCGGCGGCGGCAGAUCGGGGCGGCGUGAUGGCUGGGCAGAACCAGCGCCUCAACGUCGUGCCGACAGUGACGAUGCUCGGCGUCAUGAAGGCCCGGCUCGUCGGCGCGACCCGCGGCCACGCGCUGCUGAAGAAGAAGUCCGACGCGCUGACGGUCCAGUUCCGCGCCAUCCUCAAGAAGAUCGUCGCCGCCAAGGAGUCCAUGGGCGAGACGAUGCGCGCCUCCUCCUUCUCCCUAGCCGAGGCCAAGUACGUCGCCGGCGACGGCGUCCGCCACGUCGUCCUCCAGUCCGUCCGCGCCGCGUCCGUCCGCGUCCGGUCCCACCAGGAGAACGUGGCCGGGGUCAAGCUCCCCAAGUUCACCCACUUCGUAGACCCUGCCGCGGCCUCCGGGGGCCCAUCCAACGCGUCCCCGAGCCUCACGGGCCUGGCCCGCGGCGGGCAGCAGGUCGCCGCCUGCCGCGCCGCGCACGUCAAGGCCAUCGAGGUGCUCGUCGAGCUCGCCUCGCUGCAGACCUCCUUCCUCACGCUCGACGAGGCCAUCAAGACCACCAACCGCCGCGUCAACGCGCUCGAGAACGUCGUCAAGCCCAGGAUCGAGAACACCAUCAGCUACAUCAAGGGGGAGCUUGACGAGCUCGAGCGCGAGGACUUCUUCAGGCUCAAGAAGAUCCAGGGCUACAAGAAGAGGGAGAUCGAGCGCCAGAUGGCUGCCGCCAAGCUGUUCGCAGAGGAACAGCUCGCCGAGGAUCUCGCGCUUAAGAGGGGCAUCUCCGUGGGGGCUGCGGCAAAUCUGCUGGUUGCUGGUGGGGAAAAGGAUGACGACAUCAUCUUCUGAUCACUCCUUCCAUGGCCAUCCAAUCAUUCAAUCGUGGCAGAAACAAUAAGUUGAUGCUGGAGCUCCAGAAUUGUAUCUGUUUAUAGAGAUGGAGAUUUUGUUUCAGUAAGUAGUCUGGAGUCUAGCCAUCCAAGACCCUCAAUAAUCUGUACCUGGAAACAAAACAUUACCAAGGAACUUUUACGGAGCGUUAUGUGGUGUUAUGUGCAGCUGGUGUAGAAAAUUCAAUUGGACCGUAUUUCCUGUCAUCUUCCUUUUAGUAUAAUAUUAUAUAUUUGUUUAAGAAAGGUGUGUGCGGUGUUUUGCUGCACAGCACCUGCAUUCUAAAGUUGCAGACUGGGAUGUAUUUGCUUUUGCACCUGCAUUUUUUUAACAGAUUGUCGUUUAGAAUAUUUCGUGUAUGACCAUGAGAAUGUGAAUGUAUAUUUGGUGUCC